AUGGAUGCUUGCACUUUCGAGGAACCAUCUGCAAAUGAAAUGGCCUAUGGAAAUUGGACCAGGGCCAAAAUUGUUAGAGAAUUUUAUGAUUCUAAGCCACCAACCAACACACCUGGAGUAAGAAGGAGAGCUGCCACAGUCCGACAACACCGUGGGGAAGGGGAAGAAGAGCGUGGGCCUCACACAACAAGUGAGGGGGUGGACACGAGAUCUCUGAUGAGCCAAAGCCAGCCUGGAAUAUGUGAUUUGACAAGCAGGCAGCUCGAGCGCAGUCGAACGUUAGAGAGCAGGCAUAGCCAUUCAACUUUUCAGAAUUUGGGCCUAAAGCGAAACCCAGAGGACGAGCGAGCCAGUAAGUUGGAGUCUCUGGGAAAAAAACAGAAGCAUGAUCACGUGCCUCUCUUAAACAUUGAGGAGGCUGAAACUGAAACCUUAUCAAAUGAGGCUACAACUGGGAAAGGUCUGGCGGUGGCUGAAGGGUCACAAAAGAGGAGGAUAGUGAAGGCUAGGAAAACCACAUAUAAGGAAAGUAUCAAGCCUGAGAAUGUAAGAAGCAGAGCUCAUGCUUUGUUUGAUAAUGCAAAUCUCAUUGAGGUCAAUGUCGCUUAA